AUGUUGGACCAGGAGGUAAAACCCUCAACAGGGGACUUGGCGAAUAAGAAGGAAAGGGGGUUCAUUCAACUCAAAGUCAUUGGACAGGACAGCAGUGAGAGUCACUUCAAAAUGAAAAUGACAACAAACCACAAGAAACCCAAAGAAUAAUGCUAACGGGGAGUUCCAAUGAACUCACUCAGGUUCCUCUUGGAGGGUCAGAGAAUUGCUGAUAGUCACACUCCAAGAGAACUGGGAAUGGAGAAAGAACAUGUGAGUGAAGUUUAUCAGGAACAAAUUUGGGAUCACUCAAUGGCUUAG